UAUUCAGCUCUUUCACGAAGGCUAUUCCUUCCUCCUCUCGUCUUUAAUGAAAUCUGAAGAAACUCCCUCUUCUCCCUUUCUUGAUUUCUCUCUCUAAAAUCCUCUGAUCAGAUUCGCGAACUCCACCGUAUAUUUAUAACGAUGUAUGUAUACUAACACACGAUCAACUAUUGUCAAACAUUUUUCUUUUAUUGCUGAGUUGAUGAGCCCCCAGAGUUGCUGUUCUAUUGAUUUCGGCGUGUAUUGAGCCUCAAACCCUAAUUUUCAUUAUCAUAUGGGAUUUUUUUAAUUCUUUUGUUACCUCUAUUUUUCCUAUACUCAGUAUCUUAUGCUUGCUAGGCUUCCAAUUUUUUCAUUUUUCUCCACCCAAAAAUUUAAUAUCUCGUGAACUGGAGGGUCUUUGUCUGUCUAUUGGGCUAGUCUUUCUCAUUGUAUUGAGAUUUUGGUAAGUAUUUAUGUAGAGGUUUCGUUGUUCAUCAAUCAUCAUCAGUAAUUCAAUAGGUAUAAAUGUCGUUUAAAUUCAUAAUUGAAAAUUGAAGUUAUCCUCUGGCUAUUUUUUCAAUUAAAAAGGCUUAAUGCAAAUGUCUGUAAUAAUAAUAAUAAAAUUAAUACGUAUUAUUAUUAUUAUGAUUAAUACGUAUAAUAAAAAAAUUUCAGCUCAAAAAAAAGAUUUUCAAUUUUUUUUAAAAUGACGUCAAGCGCUACAUGCUUUUUCAAUAGCUGUGGUGUUGUCAAUGAUCGCACUCUUAGCUCAUAUAGUCAUAUUCGCUUCUGGUUUGAGAUGUCUAGUUUUGUCUUUCCAUUUCAUACACUUCAGAAAAGAGAAACCACUUGAUUGGAGCAAAAUUAUUGAUCACUUAGUUCACUUGUAUUGAUGGUUAAGGUCCAUCUUCGAAUAACUUUCAUACUGAUUGUUAGUAUGCAGAUAAGACGAGGAGGUGUUCAUUUCCUGUUAGAUGUGAAAUAUAAUGGAUAAUUCUGAGGUUGAAAGGAAUUUGUGCUCGAUUGGUGAACCUAAGCUACAUGGAGGAAUGUGCAAAGUUCUAUCUGAUGUAUAUGCCAAAGUUUUGGCCAUAUUUCCUGAUCUGGAAGCAGCUCGACCAAGGAGCACUUCAGGCAUUCAGGCACUGUGUUCUCUGCACAUAGCCCUUGAGAAGACAAAGAACAUUCUUCAGCACUGUGCUGAUUGCAGUAAACUUUACCUGGCAAUAACAGGAGAUUCUAUUGUGCUUAAGUUUGAGAGGGCAAGAUGUGCUCUACAAGAUGGUCUACGUCGGGUUGAAGAUAUAGUUCCACAAACCAUUGGUUGUCAGAUUUCUGUAAUUCUUGGUGAACUUGAGGACAUUGAGUUCUCAAUUGAUCCGACGGAGAAACAAAUUGGUGAUGACAUCAUUGGAUUACUUCAGCAAGGUCGCAAAUUCAACAACAAAGAUAACGACAACAGUGAACUCGAGACUUUUCAUAAGUCUGCUUCUAGACUAGGUAUUACCUCUUCACGUGCAUCUCUUAGAGAAAGAAGAGCUUUGAGAAAACUAAUAAAAAGAGCACAGUCAGAAGAAGACAAAAGAAAAGAGUCAAUUGUUGCUUACCUUUUGUACUUGCUAAGCAAAUAUUCCAAAUUGUUUAGAAGUGAACUCUCAGAUGAAAAUGAUUCACAAUGUUCAACCCCAUGUUCUCCAAACAUUCAGGAAUCUCUAGACAGCCAUAAUCAUUCCUUUGACCACCCACAACUUUCAAAGCCGAGUUCUUUUAAUUUUAAACCAAACUUUGGGAGGUCAGACCAGAAUCCUGUCCCACCUGAAGAGUUAAGAUGUCCAAUCUCAUUGCAGCUAAUGUAUGACCCAGUGAUCAUUGCUUCUGGGCAAACAUAUGAAAGGAUAUGUAUUGAGAAGUGGUUUGACGACGGGCACAAGACGUGCCCUAAAAGUCAACAGGAGCUUCCUCAUCUUGGAUUGACGUGCAAUUACUGCGUAAAAGGUCUGGUUGCUAGUUGGUGCGAACAGAAUGGGGUUCCUAUUCCCGAUGGCCCCCCAGAGUCUCUUGACCUCAAUUAUUGGAGACUGGCACUCUCCCAAAGUGAAUCUGCAACUUCCAUUUCCGUUGAAAGCAUCGAGUCCUGCAAGUCAAAGGUCAAUAAAGAGAGUGAAAGUCUGUGUAGUGCCAUUGAAAGAUGUGAUGCUAUUUUAGAAACUUUAGAACAAGAGGUUAAUUUAAGAGAGAAGUGUGAAGUUGUUGAACAGAUUCGGACUCUGGUGAAGGAUGAUGAAGAAGUAAGAAUGUAUAUGGGGGCAAAUGGUUUUCUUGAGGCUUUGAUGCUGUUUUUGGAGUCCGCUGUUGAAGCUAGGGAUGAAAUGGCCCAGGAAAUUGGUGCUAUGGCUCUCUUCAACCUAGGCGUGGAUAAUAAUAGAAACAAGGGAAUGAUGUUGUCAGCUGGAGUACUUCCAUUAUUGGAAAAAAUGAUUGCUUCUAAUUCUUCCACCUCUAUUCCUGCAUCAACAGCCCUUUACCUCAACCUUUCCUGUCAUGAAGAAGUCAAACCUGUCAUCGGAACCAGUGAUUUCGCCGUGCCCUUCUUAAUCAGGGUUCUUAAUAAGCACUCUUCCAACCCCACCCAAUGCCAGCUAGACGCUCUUCACGCCCUCUUCAAUCUUUCCACCAACCCAACUAACAUACCACACCUCAUGUCAUCCAGGAUUAUUGACAGUCUUCUCCCUAUGAUGUCACGCUCCGGUGACCUGGUAGGAAAAUGUGUGGCGAUAAUUACCAACUUGGCCUCAAGUAAGACUGCUACAGAUGAAAUUAUCUCAAAGCCAGGUCUUAUCAGCAGGCUCUCAUCUGUACUGGACAUGGGUGGGCCCACAGAACAGGAACAAGCUGCCGCAUGUCUUGUGAUGCUAUGUAAUAGGAAUGAGAAGUGCAGUGAGAUGGUCCUACAAGAAGGGGUGGUGCCUUCUUUGGUGUCGAUGUCAGUGAAUGGGACAGGUAGGGGUAAGCAGAAGGCAAAGAAGCUUUUGAUGCUGUUUCGUGAACAGAGACACAGACAGAAGGAACCCUCUUGGGAGGUUACGAGUCCACAGUCUUCGCUGCCUGAGAGCAAUGAUCCGGGGAACAAGCCUGUUGAUGAUGGUUUAAAGCCACUAUUUAAGUCAACCUCAAAAAGAAAACUAGGGAAAGCUCUGAGUUCUUUGUGGAAGAACAAAUCUUUUUCAGUAUACCAGUGUUAGAUGAUUUAGCCAGCAAAUCUGUCUUUUGAACAUUUUGGCCUAGGACUCUCCACCUAGUGCAUUUCAGAAUAGAGAUGUAUAUAUCCCUUUUUACAUAUACAUUCCUAGUAUCCUGCCACAAGGGCAUAUAUAUAUACUAUAAAUAUAAUGAUAUGUAUCUACAAGGGAAAGAGAUGUAAAGUUGUAAAAUACUACAUCCGUCCCAUAAUGUUGUACUUCUCAUUUGUUGUUUCCGUUGUAUUUUAGGUACAGAAUCGUGUGAUUGAGGUUUUAUUUUAAAGUUAGAAUAAAAACAAAUUGCACUAUUCUAGAUAAAAAAACUGCUACUUGCGUAACAGUUGGACGACCAAAGUCUUGC